AUGCCCACCACACAGUCUCCUCAGGACGAGCAGGAGAAGCUCCUGGAUGAGGCUGUGCAAGCUGUGAAGGUCCAGUCCUUCCAGAUGAAGCGAUGCCUGGACAAGAACAAACUGAUGGAUGCUCUGAAGCACGCCUCUAACAUGCUGGGCGAGCUCAGGACGUCAAUGCUUUCUCCAAAGAGCUACUAUGAGCUCUACAUGGCCAUCUCAGACGAGCUCCACUACCUGGAGGUGUAUCUCACGGAUGAGUUUGCCAAAGGCCGGAAGGUGGCGGAUCUGUAUGAGUUGGUGCAGUACGCUGGCAACAUCAUUCCCAGACUCUACCUCCUGAUCACGGUCGGCGUGGUGUAUGUGCGCUCCUUCCCUCAGUCUCGGAAAGACAUCCUGAAGGACCUGGUGGAGAUGUGUCGCGGGGUGCAGCACCCGCUGAGAGGCCUGUUCCUCAGGAACUAUCUGCUGCAGUGCACUCGCAACAUCCUGCCUGACGACGGGGAGCAGUUUGAGGGCUCAGAGGAGAUGACCGGUGAAAUUGCGGACUCUGUGGACUUUAUCCUCCUGAACUUUGCAGAGAUGAACAAACUCUGGGUCCGAAUGCAGCAUCAGGGCCACAGCCGAGACCGCGAGAAGAGGGAGAAGGAGCGACAAGAACUCAGGAUUUUAGUGGGAACCAACCUGGUGCGACUGAGCCAACUGGAGGGGGUCAACGUGGAGAAGUACAAACAGAUCGUUCUGUCCGGUGUGUUGGAGCAGGUGGUGAACUGCAGAGAUUCCUUGGCUCAAGAGUAUCUGAUGGAGUGCAUUAUUCAGGUCUUUCCGGACGAGUUCCACCUCCAGACCCUGAACCCUUUCCUGCGAUCGUGCGCCGAGCUGCACCAACACGUCAACGUCAAGAAUAUCAUCAUCGCUCUCAUCGACCGCCUCGCCCUGUUUGCUCAUCGAGAAGACGGACCGGGGAUUCCAGCAGAGAUCAAACUGUUCGACAUAUUCUCUCAGCAGGUGGCCACGGUCAUUCAGUCUCGACAGGACAUGCCCUCAGAGGAUGUGGUGUCGCUCCAAGUGUCGCUCAUCAACCUGGCCAUGAAGUGCUAUCCCGACCGCGUGGACUACGUGGACAAAGUGUUAGAGAGCACCGUGGAGAUCUUCAACAAACUCAACCUGGAACACAUCGCCACCAGCAGUGCCGUGUCCAAAGAGCUGAUGCGGCUGCUGAAGAUCCCGGUCGACUCCUACAACAACAUCCUGACAGUGCUGCAGCUCAAACACUUCCCUCCGCUGUUCGAGUACUUUGACUACGAGUCGCGGAAGAACAUGAGUUGCUACGUCCUCACCAACACACUGGACUACAGCACCACCAUCGUGGGCCAGGAGCAGGUGGACUCCAUAUUAAAUCUGGUGUCGACGCUGAUCCAAGACCAGCCAGACCAGCCGUCAGACGAGCCGGACCCGGAAGACUUUGCUGAGGAGCAGAGCCUCGUAGGACGCUUCAUCCACCUGCUGCACUCCGAGGACCCCGAUCAGCAGUACCUCAUCCUAAACACGGCACGGAAACACUUUGGUGCAGGCGGAAACCAGAGAAUCCGCUUCACUCUCCCUCCUCUGGUGUUUGCGGCGUACCAGCUGGCCUUCAGAUACAAGGAGAACUCCUCAACGGACGACAAAUGGCAGAAGAAAUGCCAGAAGAUAUUCUCCUUCGCUCACCAGACCAUCAGUGCACUCAUCAAAGCAGAGUUUGCAGAGCUGCCUCUCCGACUCUUCCUCCAGGGGGCGCUUGCGGCCGGAGAGAUCGGCUUCGAGAACCACGAGACUGUGGCCUACGAGUUCAUGUCCCAGGCCUUCUCUCUUUACGAAGACGAGAUCAGCGACUCCAAAGCCCAGCUGGCGGCCAUCACGCUGAUCAUCGGCACGUUCGAGCGGAUGCGGUGUUUCAGCGAGGAGAACCACGAGCCGCUGAGGACCCAGUGUGCCCUCGCCGCCUCCAAGCUGCUGAAGAAGCCCGACCAGUGCAGGGCGGUUAGCAUCUGCGCUCACCUCUUCUGGUCCGGACGCAGCACCGACAAGAACGGGGAGGAGAUCCGCGACGGCAAGAGAGUCAUGGAAUGUCUGAAAAAAGCGCUGAAAAUCGCCAACCAAUGCAUGGACCAGUCUCUGCAGGUUCAACUGUUCAUCGAGAUCCUCAACAGAUACGUCUGCUUCUACGAGCGGGAAAACGACGCGGUGACGGUCCAGGUCCUAAACCAACUGAUCCAGAAGAUUCGCGAGGACCUGCCCAACCUGGAGGCCAGCGAGGAGACGGAGCAGAUCAACAAGCACUUCCAGAACACGCUGGAGCAUCUGCGUCUGCAAAGGGAGUCCCCAGAGACGGAGGGCCCGGCGUACGAAGGCCUGCUGCUAUAG